UAAACGUAUUUUCCGGUUUCUGGCCCAUAAAUACUGCAAAAAGAGCAUCGAUAAUUACUGAUUUUAACAAUAAUUACAAAUUCAUAUCGUUAUCUGUGUGGGUGCGAUAGUUUUUGGUCGGAAAUCGGCAAAAACUACUCCAUGUACGACAAUCUGGUAACAUUGGAGAGAGAGAGCAUGGAGGUAGAAUUGGUGGAGUCGACAUAAUCUUCCCGAGCUGUCAUAUUUACGGCCGGGUGUCAGGUGUUGUCAGGUCAGGCUCCCUCUUAAUGGGCUCGACCAGGCUCGCUCACCCCCAUCUUCUGGCCGUAAAUUUGAUAGUUCGUCGGCUUCACCUCAAUGAAUGGGAUUAGCGGGCCGUGUCGACUCCACCAAUUCUACCUCCAUGAGAAAGAGAGAGGGAGAGAGGAGGUAAACAAAGAUCAGCUGAGCGGUUCCCUGACUGACUGGGUGACUGGUGACUGACCGGCGUGACUGCCCACCAUUUAACUGUUUCAUGGGGCUGUCCAGGCUAUGAGAGAAGAUGUGUGAGAAGACUCGACGCGGGCAGCUUGCCUUCUGGGUGUCCCUGAAGGAUGCCGGGGAUGGCGGGGACCCCAGGCUGCUCAGGAACUCCUCGGCUCUGGAGGCGCUGCCCUACUUCUGCACCACCGCCAACCUGCAGAGUGCUGUGGUCUACCUCUCGCAGGAGCUGCAGGGUCUGGGUCUUGGCUGCCCCCUCAUCGAGACGGAGGGCCAGCACGUGAACCUGGUGGCGCUGGUCAACGCGCUCUGGGAGGUGACGCAGCUGUACCGCUCCUCCGUGCGCGACACCAGCGUGCUGCAGGACCAGCGAAGGCGAGACACUGUUGACAUGAACCACUUCCAGAACAGCAUCAAGGACCUGCGGGGGGAGGUGGACGAGAAGGAGCGGCUGGUGUGUGAGGCGCAGGAGAAGGAGCGCCAGGCAGCCUCACACAGCAAGACCCUCGCCGCCAAGCUCAAGGCAGAGAAGGACGAGGUCCGAAGGCUCACCAGCGUCAUGCAGCAGCGCGAGGGACACCACCAGCACGAGCUCAAGAAGAAGGAGAUGGAGAAUCUUCGCCUCCAGGACCGCCUCCAUCGCCUGGUGUCGGGCGGCCGGGCAUCAGAGUCCCGCCAGCCGUCCUUCAGCCUCUCCUCCACGCUGUCCCGCGCCAACAGGUCCAGGGCAAAGUGGAAGACCGAGGCGUCCAGUGUGAGGCACGAGGAGGAGCUGUACAAGCGCGUCCUGGCCCACUAUGAGGCGUGGAUCGGGCAGGUCAACGAGGAGAAUGGUCAGCUCAAGUCCAGCCUCCUCAGAAUAUCCUCCAGCGUGUCCAAGGCCGUCGAAAAGUACUCCAAGCAAGUGGAUAUGGUACCAGAGCUUCCGGACGGGGACAUGAACUCAUCCACGACGUCAUCCACCUUCAGCAUGGACAGCCUGGAUGAUCUUGCCGUCAACAUGGAGUUCCCGGCGUACAGAGACCGCCUCCAGCAAGCCUUCGACCAGAACAUGAGGACGAUGGUGUUGAUGCUGGAGGAGGCCGCUGGGGCGCGGCGGAACGACAACACUGCCAGCACAGAGAGGGAGAAGGAGCUGAAGGGGGAGCUGGAUGACCUGAGGAGGCAGCUGAAGGCCACCAGGGAGGAGUUGGGGUCACACACUUAUGCUGUUGAGAAGUACGACCCCGAGAAGGCCACAGGGAGGGAUGCGUCGUUCCUGGUGGAGGGGCAGCUGGUGGAGGAGGAGGAGGGGCUGGUGAAGGAGAGGCAACGGCUGGCGAGGGAGCGGGAGAUGAUGGAGGAGGAGAGGCGGAGCUUUGCCGAGGCCACCAUCAGGCUCAACAGGGAGAGGGCAGCGUUUGAGGCCGAGAAGGGUGAGCUGCUGAAGGAACAGUUUCUGCAGGACCUUCCCGCCACUCUGGAGGCCGACCUGACCCUCAUUGGGCAGGACAGCUGCGGCAGCCUCUCCAGCGGCAGCAUUGGUGAGAUCUUUGACUCCCCGCAGCGCAUGGUGGCGUUGCCCAACAUAACAUCGCCCACCGGGAACAUCAACUACGUGCCCGGGUCGUCCCUCGUCCUGGGUCCCAGCAGGCUCUCCAAACAGCAGCAGCAGCAAGACAGCUAUGGGUCACCAGGGGGUAGGUCAGCCUUCCGGUUCAGGUCAGCGCCGGCCAGCAGGGCUUCCUCCAUCCCCAGGCAGGCCGAGGACAGGGAGGCCACCCCCCAGCGAGGCUCCAGCACCAGCAUCCGUCCACCACACUCCCGCCCGCGCACCCUAGAGAGACUACGCCGUAAAUCGCACUUGAGUACUUCGGUCAAGAACAGAAGUCAGAGUCAAGACAACCUGGUACGCGACAGCAGCAAGGGCAGACACACUACGCCCCAAUUGGAGGGUGUCCCGGGCUGCCCCUCCGACCCACACACCUUCAAAGCCAACGUACAGCAACACAAGGACUUUCUGGACUGUGUGCGGCGUGACAGACUCUACUCCGACCCUCCCAGCUACUCCAGGGACGCGUCGCCGUACAUGAAACACCACUCGGGGUCGCUAAGCACGUCGCAGUGGGCCAGGUUGGAUGCACACUCACACGACAAUAUCCUCAAUCCCACAGCAAGAUCGGAUACCUUUUCCCAAGAGGACCUGUUCGCCAACCCUCUAAGCUACUCCAGAGAGGGAUCACCGUACGCCAGAAGGCACUUGGGGUCACAUAAAGGGGUUAGAUCAGAUGCGUUCUCACAGGAGGAUUUAUCAGAUGUCACAGCGAGUUACCGAAGAGAUGCAUACUCUCAGGAGAAUCUAUUUGACCCUCCGAGCUAUGCAAGAGAUGAAUCACCGUACUCUAAAAGGCAUUCAACCCCACAUCAGACCUCGCAGGGUAUUCAAUCUCAUACUUUUAGCCAAGAGAGCCUAAACGAUGCUAUAAGCCACCAGGAUAGGCUAUUCAAACCCACAUCCAGCACCUCCACAAGGGAUUCAAGCUCACUACUGACCUCACAUAGUAUUCAAUCUGAUCUGGAUGACCUGCACAACCCCACAAGCCACCAGGAUAGGCUAUUCAAACCCACAUCCAGCACCUCCACAAGGGAUUCUGAACCCACAAAGAGGCAUUCAAACCCACAUAAGGCCUUGCAUGGGGUUCGAUCCAAUUCCCAGGACCUAUUCGAAACUUCAGCGGUGAGUUCCACAGGGAAGAACAGCACAGUGGAGGCCUUGGAAGCUGACCUGGCUGAGUUGAUGGAGCAGGUCACAGGUCAUAAAAAGCCCCCAACACCAGGGUCAGCACUAAGCCACCCAGACACCCAGACCACUCAGCAAAGACCACCACCACCACCACCACGACCGUCCCACCAAACUGACGCAACCCAAACCACCGAAAUCUCCAAAUACACAAAACCACCACCACCGUUACUGCAACUGUCACCUUACCCCAGUGACUCUUUGACCCACCCAGCCCAGGUCACCCAGGCCAAGAAGGGCAGGCCUAAGAUGCUCUCCCUCUUCAGGACAGCCCCCGGGAGUCUGUUCAGCAGCCGUAGGGGGAGCCUGGACCUGUCCCCCUCAGAGCCUGGUGGAAAGAAGCUGCAGAAGGGAGGAGGGAAGAAGGCAGGGAAUUAGUUGGUGAUGGGAGACAGGGAAGAUGAGGAGUUAGGUCACCAUGGCGCUAAGCAGACAUAGGAUUAGGUCAUCAUUGGCUGAGACAUUCACUUAAGUUGUCAUAAGCAAAAAAAUUCUGUACUUCUUUUCCAAGUUGUGUGUUUGCAUGAGUGUCCAGCUGUGAUGGCGGUGCUCACUGGCUGAGUUCAUUGUGACUCAUCAUUGUUUGUUACUGGAGCAGUGUGAGCCAGGGGCGUGCGUGCCCACACCUGUAAUAGGAGAGGUCUUUUGACACUAAAUGUGGCCCUCCUUUGUGGCCACGUGGAGUGGGCUGAGUGGCGAGGGAGGCCAGCUUCAUCACCUGGAGUUCAGGGUUUUGAAAAAUUGGGACUUUUGUCCCAGUAUUUUAUUUUGACUUUCUCAGAAAGUUGACUUUUUAGCAGAUGGGGGUCGUCCAACCCCCCUCCCUCCUGGAGUAUGGCCCUGUGAAUGGUUCUAAUAUUAGUUUUUCGUUUUACUUUCUCAGAAAGUGAACCUUUUAGCAGAUGGGGGGUGUCCACCCCCCCAUCUGGGGCCCUGUGAAUGGUUCCAGUAUUUGUUUUUCUUUGACAGUCAUCUCUGCAGCACAGGCUGGUGGGUGUUGGUCUGGCGCCUGGUCCCACCCUGUGCAGCUCAGUCAUUGGUUUCUGCUCAGUAUUCAUCCUCUGUGCCAGGGAAGAGAAUGAUCUCAGUGGUAGGGAGUUUAGGUUUAGUUUUUGUAUGUUUUUAGUCUAGAAUCAAGAUGAUUGUGUUAAGUGUAAGGACCUCCAUCUCUUCAUCUAGUCAUGCAUAAGGUACUCUGAUAUUCAUGUUGGUUUAGUCAGUGUUCCGUGCCUUAGAAGCAUCUCAUUAGUGUGCCUAGGCAUCGUACUGUUAGAACGCACAUAUCCCAAGCAACUUAUUUAUGUAUUCUUCAGUUCAGCAUCAUAAGAAUACAGAUUUUUUUAUUCACAAGAUGAACAGUGUGACUCUACUGCCAUCAAGGAAGGACUUAUGCACCACCACCAACACAUGUACAUAGACUUGUAACCUCUACGUGACAGGACACUCGGUAUGCCUUCGUCCAUAUGCAAGACUUGAACCUAACCUCAGCCGUCACACACACAGGGUUGAGGCAUCUAUAAGGAUUCCCAUAAGUGUAUUGUUGGGAAUUGAGGGUUGUUUGGGAAAUAAUGGUAAUCUAUAAGCGACACGGAGCAUUUGACCCACAACUGCUAAUAUUGAUGCUCCAUUACUUCCCAAACAACCCUUAAUUCCUUACAGUAUAAUAGGAGAAUCGACUUCCAUCACUUAUACACAUUCUCAGCCACCUUACAUACAGGGUUAGGCGUUUAUAGGGAUUCUGAUAUGUGUAUAAUAGGAGAAUCGACUUCCAUCACUUAUACACAUUCCCAGCCACCUUACAUACUGGGUCAGGCGUCUAUAGGGAUUCUGAUAAGUGUAUAAUAGGAGAAUCGACUUCCAUCACUUAUAAAUAUUCUCAGCUUCCUUACAUACAGGGUUGAGGCAUCUAUAGGAGAAUCGGCUUCCAUCCCUCAUACAUGUUCAUAGCCACAGGGUCAGGCGUCUAUAGGGAUUCUGAUAUGUAUGUAAUAGGAGAAUCAACUUCCAUGCGCUAACCUCAACCACCUUAUAUACAGGGUUAGGCGUCUAUAGAGAUUCUCAUAUGUGUAUAAUAGGAUCGACUUCCAUCCCUUAUACAUAUUCUUAGCCAA